GCGCGGUGACCGAGUUCUGGACUCGGAUGGCGGUGCACAUCACUGGAUUGUUUUCCUCUGUCAAAACAACUUCUCUCACGUGACUUCCUGACGUACAGUCCUCCACUCUGCGCUGAUGCGGGGAGGGGGGGGUUCCAUCAUGGCGUCGAUGCAGAAAAGGCUACAAAAGGAAUUAUUAGCCCUGCAAAAUGAUCCACCCCCAGGAAUGACUCUUAACGAGAAAAGCGUACAGAACACCAUUACACAGUGGAUUGUAGACAUGGAAGGAGCACCUGGCACACUGUAUGAAGGAGAGAAAUUUCAGCUGCUUUUCAAAUUUAGUAGUCGAUAUCCCUUUGAUUCACCUCAGGUAAUGUUCACAGGAGAGAAUAUACCUGUCCACCCUCAUGUGUAUAGUAACGGUCACAUCUGUCUGUCUAUUCUAACGGAAGAUUGGUCACCAGCCCUCUCAGUGCAAUCAGUUUGUCUUAGCAUUAUCAGCAUGUUGUCCAGCUGCAAAGAAAAGAGACGACCGCCUGAUAACUCCUUUUAUGUAAGAACGUGUAACAAAAAUCCAAAGAAGACAAAAUGGUGGUAUCACGAUGAUACAUGCUAAUGUACAAACUUUGUAAUAAUCGUAGAAGAAAGAAGUCCUACUGACCUACGUAAAGCACUUUUUAAUCAUUCAGUCUUUGAACUCUGACCUUUGACUGGAACAAUGGACACCAUGCGCUGGAGGCUCUUGACUGCAUUUCCCCCAUGGACAGUUGAAUGCAUGUUUUAGUUGGCUGUAAUAUAGGGAACGAAAAAACUGAACGUUUAGACGCACCCAAGACGGAUCGUUUUUUGGCAAAAAGGUAGUGAUGCAGCGAGCAAGCAAGCAGGAAAGGUGGAUUUAUGGUGAGAUGAUUAUAAUUCCUGUUUUAAGAUUAUUAUUGUUACUUUUCUGUUUGUGUGUGGGUGCAUUUUAAGGUCCUUGUGUUGUGCAAUAAUAACUGAUGGAUGCAUGCUUGGGCCUACAAAGAGAAAUCCAAAUCUGACCGUUUUCUGGAAGGGAUCUGACCAUCAUAACCCCAAGAAAAUGUUUCAUCCGUUUGUUUGUUUUUUAAAUUAUAUGCACUGUGAAAGUAUCUAGUUUAAAAAGGCACUAUUAGUAUAUUAUUCCCAACUUGCAGUUUGACUGUAAGCAGUCCUCCAAUUAUUUAUCAGGAUAAAGGGUUUUAGUUUGCAAACACUGUAUCAAGAGUAGACGCAGUUUUCUUUAUCUUCCAACUUGAGAGGUGGCUGCAGUUCUUCCUGCUGUUGGACUGAAUGUCGGUACAGAUGAUACUGAGGAGAGAUCUCUUGUUCAGCUGGUGAUCUCCUCGGCGUACGUCUCCUCCUAAAGUUGGGCUGAACUCGUGUAGUGUUCGGUAGUCCGGCCUCGACAAUGUGCAGCGGUCUCUCUUCCAUUUAAAGAAUGUCUGUAAGAGAAAUUUGUUGCAUGAUCCAUUUUUAUUUGUACAAUACUUGUUUUUCUUCAUGCUUUAAUCUUGUAAAAUGUUUGAUUUUAAAAAUUCUUGAGUUCUUUUUUUGUACUGUUUUUCAACUAGCUGAGACUUUAGGGGUGGGGGUGGGGGGGUUGUUUUGAUGGGUCAGUAUGUUUUUGGAUUUUUUUUUUCUUUUUUUGUAUUUGUUAUUUAACUUAAAUCUUCGUUCUCCAGAGUGGUGAUGAAUGACGACAAGGAGAGUCUUUACAGAAGUCAUUAAGAGACGAGGCUUUUGUGAUUCCCCCUGGUCAGAGUUUUGGCUCAGGUACUUUUUUCAAUAAAGAGAUCACCUCUAAAAAGAUACCUAUCAGAUAUUUUGAAUUUAACUAUAUUUUCACCAAAAGAGACUGUUAUGUUGUAAACUUAAAACAUGUCCGAAACUAUUGUAUAUAACUCUUUAAAUUGUUGGAUGAUGUGAAAGUAAUUAGCAGAUGAUGCUUUAUAGCCGAAUGAUAAUAGGAGUGCUUUAUUUCAUUGGGAAGUUAGCUUGCAUCUUUUGUUAAUUAGGAUGUGUAUAGACAGCAACACUACAGUUGGGAGAAAAAAAAGUUUAGUAGUUUUACAGUGGGGGUGCAUGCAGUUUUAAACCCUACUUUUUCUUAUUGGCAUCAGACAUUGUGACAAGUUUUAGUCUUUCCAUAAUAUAGGUAAUGGCUUAUGGGAUGGAUAAUACAAACCUCACCUCCAGAGGCUGUGUGGCUCUGUGGUCAUUUUAGACUGUAAUCACUCCAUUCCUAAAGAAAUGUUUAUCGCCAUCCAGUCGGAGAUACUUGAAUUUUCCAUUUUGGGUCAUUUGUGUUGCAUUUACUUUUUUUUUCCCCCCCAGGGUCUAGCUGAGCUUCUUGAAUGAACAUGAGUGAAUGUGAUGAUACUCUAUACUGUAGAGGAGAUUACCACAGCACACCACUCUCUCUUUUUCCAAAACUAUAUUGAUAACAUAAAGACAUCUAUUCAACCAAUGAUUUUUUUUUCCUCAUUAGGUUCACUGUAAUGAUCUUGUCUGCUGUCACUGUGCUGUGAGGGGGGGAAAAGACAGUGGGACUGAGAUGAUUGUGUAAAUGCAGUCACAAUAGCAUUUGUGUGGGGACGACAGGCUUUCACCCGGUGGGCAGUGGAUCAGAGGAUUUAAAAAACAGUUUGGAUGUGACACUUUUUUUUUUUCUUCCUAAUUUUUGUUUCCAAUCUGGUUUGAACUCUCAGCUUGCAGGUUGUUGUGAGUGAUCAACACUAAUGAGGGUGUGUUAUUUAUAUUUGAAUUUUGUUCUGGGAUGUGCAAGCUCCAUGUAAUAGGUGCCUGUUCAUUUUCAUAAUCAAUAAUAAAAGCAAAAAUUCACUUUUAUUCAA